CUUGGACUAAUUAAUGAAACAAUGGAAAACUUACGAAAAUUGAGUUUAUUAGACUGUGUAAGUAAUACUCUGUACGAGUUGAAAGUGACGCAGGAAAUUUUCGACCGUGCUAGAGAAGAUACGAUGUUUGCUACUCAACUGUUGGAGCAUUGUAAAUUUAAAGAAUGUUAUGUUUUUGAUGGCCCUAUUGAGGCUUAUAAUUUGGAAGAAACUGAAAUGGAAAGUCAAUCUACAUCAGAUGCCGGUACGUUGGAAGCUGAUCCGUUUUGCGAAACCCCUUCAACAUCAUUCAAGUCUUUUAAGGCGAAUUCAAUGCCAGAAAAGUCUUUCGACAAACCAUCGAUGGCUAAAAAGGCAUCAGAUCAAAAAAAAAAAAAAAAGUACUGGUGA